GGGCGGGGCGGUCGGCCGGCCAAACCUGGCGAUCCGGUUCACGGUGGGGGUGGAACAGCCGCAGUCGCUCUGCGGCGAACCACCGUCAGAGGGCUAGCACCUGGGCGACGAGUUUCAGGAAGUGAACCAGCCGCUUGUGGAAGAAGAUGGCGGGGAGCAAGCUUCUGAGUUGGGUGGUCCUCGCGCUUUGCCAGACAGCAUGCCUUGCAUUGUUGGUGACUGUACCAGAGACAAAACGCAUGACAACACUCUUUUCUUCCAUUGCUCUGAGAUGUGAUUAUUCCACAUCCGCACCAAUUCAGGAUGUAGUUGUCACCUGGCGUUUCAAAACAUUUUGCAAAGACCCCAUAUUUGAAUACUAUUCCUCAUCGUACAUUGCUAUGUUGAGUAUGGGCCAAGAUCCAUCCAAUGAUUGCCAAGAUGAACAGCGUCAGGUGCGAAUUGUAAUUCAGAAACGGGGCCAGAAUGAACCCACACUGGGGAACGAAUAUAGACAGAGGAAGAUCACCAUUCAGAACAGAGCUGACUUGUGGAUCAGUGAGGUGAUGUGGUGGGACCAUGGUGUUUAUUUCUGUACCGUUGAGGCACCGGGUGAUACAACAGGGGACUCUGACAAAGAAGUUCGACUUAUUGUUUUACAUUGGCUGACAGUGAUACUUAUUAUCAUGGGUUUUUUACUGUUAUUCAUAUUGAUAAGUAUCUGUUGGUGUCAAUGCUGCCCACAACGAUGCUGUUGCUAUGUUCGGUGCAUUUGCUGCCCAAAACGUUGCUGUUGUCCAGAGAAAGCUCUUGCGAGGCAUGAAUUUGUCAAGCAGGCAAAGCAUGGACUAAUACCUUGGAUGUACAAAGGGCCUAUGUAUAGUGAAGAAGAAAGGAAUUCACAUUUAAACUCUUUCUACAUGAAUGGGCCAUCACAAAGAGAUUUUUCCACAAAGAACAGUAUACCUCUGACGAUGAUUCCUUACAGUACACACCCACACUCUUCUGUUAGGAUGCUGGACUACAUAGAGAAUGAAGUGAAGAACCUGAACACCGUACAACCUCUACAAAAUGGAAUCCGCACAAGUGGUAGCCCACCUCCCAGUGUGCUUUCAUCACUCAAUGAAAUUGGAGUUAGAGAGGUAGAUCGCCGUGUUAUCCAUCUGCCCCCAAUACUGGAGACAAUCCGUGAAACAAGCCUUCCCUCAUCACAACAGACCAGCAACUCAUCCCGAAGGAAUUAUCAAAGAAGGACGAGAAGCCAUGAGGACAUUUUGGAAUCGGAGUUUCGUGGAAAUCAAAGGAAUCAGGGAGGAUCAAGGUCAAGUCGGAGCUCACAAGACAGAAGGUCUAACCGAUAUCCAGGGAACAGGAGAGGUGAUUAUGAAGGUGGACGACAGUUUCCUCCAAGAGAACGAAGUCACGGAGAUUAUAGUGAUGAUGAUUCAGAUUAUGAUAGAUCAAGGCACAGCAGUUCAAAUCAGAGGAAUGGCAGAAAAGGUUAUGAGGAGGAUAGGCGAUCACAUCGGAGGAGCAAUAGAGACUACUCACCUGAACGAAGGCAUAGACGCAGAGACCGAAGUUACUCCCCUCCACCUCGUGAAAGGCGUCGAGGAUCAUGGAGUUCCCUGGAUGAUUUCGAAAGCCGUUCUCAACGAAACAGAACUCGGCAAGAUGAUCGAAUGGCAGAUUGGCUGGAAUCUCUGAAAAAGCCAUUUAAAUAUCAUGAAAAGCCACCGAGCUAUCAUUCAGUAGAUGGGGCAUCACAAGAAAGUAGUACACGCAGAUCGAAUAUUGGACAUCUCUCAGGAUGUGGCAGUUCUCGGAGUGGGAGAAGUAUUGUGAUAUGAUGGAGAUUUCCACAAUUGAUAUGUUGGUUAUGCUGAAGUAUAUAGAUGGUGACCCCUGUUAUCUUUUCAUCAUGGCUUUUACGUAACAUAAGAAAAGCUCCAAAAUGAAUAUUCAAGCUGUGCUUGAGAUCGAUAACUUCACAACAGGAACUGUUCAUUAUGAUUGUCUUUGGAGUAGACAAAGUGCAAUUGGACGUUGGUGGAUAACUUAGUUUUUUUAAUAAUAUGUACACCUAAUGGGGAAUUGGCAGCCAUCUCAUCUAUACCUGGGUUUUCUUCUAGUCCAGACAGUAAGUGGUUUCCUGUUCGAGGAAAUAUUCAUUGAGACUACUUGUUAUUUUGUAGCUUUAAAAUCUAUCAAAAAUCUCAUCUCAUUAUGAUUGUAAAUUGGCAAUGGCAUAAAAUGUCAACUGUAUUAUAAACAAUUAUAUUGAUGACUUUUCCAAUUUCAAAAUAGCUAAUUGUUUCAAAUUAGUAUGUAGUUAUUCUAAUCAUUCAUAUUUUGAUAUUGUUUAAUAUAAAUAAUCUAUACAUUGAAAUAAAUUAAAAUUAUUCUUCUCUUGCA